AAAUCCCGCCUCGGCGCCGUGCGGAAGCCGGAAUUGGGGCCUAGGUGGCGGAAACAGCUUCGCUGGCGGCGCAGAGUCAGCGGACGGGCUUCUCUGGUCUUGGGCGAGCGAGCGAGCGAACGAGCGGCGCCAUGGGGCGAGGCGGAGGCACCUUCGAGCGGCUCCUGGAUAAAGCUACCAGUCAGCUUCUGUUGGAGACAGACUGGGAGUCCAUCUUACAGAUUUGUGAUAUGAUUCGUCAAGGUGACACUCAAGCUAAAUAUGCUGUGGGUGCAAUAAAGAAGAAAGUGAAUGACAAGAAUCCACAUGUGGCUCUCUAUGCACUGGAGGUAUUGGAGUCUGUGGUAAAGAACUGUGGACAAACACUCCAUGAUGAAGUGGCUAACAAACAGACUAUGGAAGAACUGAAGGAGUUGCUGAAGAGACAGGUUGAAGCCAAUGUUCGCAACAAGAUCCUCUACCUAAUCCAAGCAUGGGCCCAUGCUUUCCGCAAUGAGCCCAAAUACAAGGUCGUCCAGGAUACAUAUCAGAUCAUGAAAGUAGAAGGUCAUGUUUUUCCAGAAUUCAAAGAAAGCGAUGCCAUGUUUGCAGCAGAAAGGGCUCCUGACUGGGUGGAUGCGGAAGAGUGCCACCGGUGCCGGGUCCAGUUUGGAGUGGUGACUCGCAAGCAUCACUGUCGGGCAUGUGGGCAGAUUUUCUGUGGGAAGUGCUCCUCUAAGUAUUCCACCAUCCCCAAGUUUGGCAUAGAGAAGGAGGUGCGAGUGUGCGAGCCUUGCUAUGAGCACCUCAACAAGAAAGCAGAAGGCAAAGGGACUGGUAGCACAGAGCUUCCUCCAGAGUACCUGACCAGCCCUCUCUCUCAGCAGUCCCAGCUGCCUCCAAAGCGUGAUGAAACCGCUCUGCAGGAGGAAGAGGAGCUGCAGUUGGCAAUUGCAUUGUCUCAGUCAGAGGCUGAGGAGAAGGAAAGGAUGAGGCAGAAAAGCACAUUCUCCACAUACCCCAAGGCAGAACCAACACCAAUUACAUCUUCAGCCCCUCCAGUCAGCACCCUCUAUUCGUCACCUGUGAAUUCCUCUGCACCUCUAGCUGAGGAUAUUGAUCCUGAGUUGGCUCGGUACUUGAACCGCAACUACUGGGAAAAGAAACAAGAGGAAGUGCGCAAGAGCCCAACACCUUCGGCCCCACUGUCUAUGGGGGAGCCAGCAGCCCAGUCCACUGAGGUCCAGCCUGCCCCACUCAGUGUAGUGGAGCAGCAGUACCAAAAUGGAGAGACAGAUGAGAGCCACGAGCAGUUCUUGAAGGCUUUGCAGAAUGCUGUCACCACCUUUGUCAACCGCAUGAAGAGCAAUCACCUCCGGGGUCGGAGCAUUACUAACGACUCGGCUGUGCUCUCGCUCUUCCAGUCCAUCAACAGCAUGCACCCCCAACUCCUGGAGCUGCUGAAUCAGCUGGAUGAGCGCCGUUUGUAUUAUGAGGGACUUCAAGAUAAGCUUGCCCAGAUCCGGGAUGCCCGGGGAGCCCUGAAUGCUCUGCGAGAGGAACACAGAGAGAAGCUGCGCCGUGCUGCUGAGGAGGCAGAGCGACAGAGACAGAUCCAGCUGGCCCAGAAACUGGAGAUUAUGAGGCAGAAGAAACAGGAAUACCUGGAGAUGCAGCGGCAGUUGGCUAUCCAGCGCCUUCAGGAGCAGGAAAAGGAGCGCCAGAUGCGCUUGGAGCAACAGAAGCAAACAAUCCAGAUGCGGGCGCAAAUGCCUGCUUUCUCCCUGCCUUAUGCCCAGUUGCAGGCCAUGCCUCCUGCUGGUGGGGUGAUCUACCAGCCUUCAGGCCCCACAAGCUUCCCAGCCACCUUCAGCCCAGCGAGCUCAGUCGAGGGCUCACCCAUGCAUACAGUGUACAUGAGCCAACCCGCCCAGGGCAGCGCUGGGCCCUACACUGCAAUGCCUGUGGCAGGAACAGACCCCAACAUGGUGGGCACUUAUAUGUACUCAACUGGAACUAACAGUGCACAGACAGCUCCUCAAGGACAGCCAGUGCCCACUACAAACCCUGCCUAUUCCUCUUACCAACCUACUCCUACCCAGGGCUAUCAGAAUGCAGCGGCCCCUUCCCAAGCCCAGAGCAUCCCUGCCAUGACACAGGCUCCUCCGCCAUCUGGUGGCACAAUGGGCUACAUGGGCAAUCAGUCAGUUUCAAUGAGCUACCAACCCUACAACAUGCAGAACCUCAUGUCAACCCUCCCUGGCCAGGAACCAGGUUUGAGUAGCUUGCCACCUCAGCAGCCUUACAUGUCAGGACAACAGCCUAUGUAUCAGCAGAUGGCGCCCCCUGGAGGCCCUCCUCAGCAGCAGCCCCCUCCCCAGCCUUCGUCUGCUCAGGUGCAGCAGGCACAAGGGGGCAGUGGAGAGGCCCAGCUAAUUUCCUUUGACUAAUCUUUGUCUGGUGAUGAUGACAGGGAGGGGUGGGUUUCUAAGAUCUUGUUAACACUAUCAUCUGUUUGUCACUGCUACACCAUUGCUGUUUCCUUGCGCUAUCCCCACAGUGGGGAAGGGAGAACUGAGAGCCUGCCCUGAGUUGCCUCACACUGCCACCCCAUCUGAAAUGCUGCUAAGAGAAUCUCUAGCUUGGCGCAUGGGACUGAUGUAUCCAGAUCCCCUCCAUGUCAUUCCUUGGUUGUGGAGAGAGCUUGACCCAUCCAGCUCUAUUUGGAUGGAGAGCAGAGCACAUGUGCCAUUGUAGGAAGCAGCAUUAAAGCAUGCUCCAGAACCAAAUCAAACAGGGUCCAACCCAGAGCAUGACCUGGGCCUGCGUUCUUGUCCUCCCCAACACAUCCUAUGGCUGCAUCUUGCCAAUCAAGUGGCCUUCAUUCUGCACACCUCCAAAUGAAGUCCUCCCCCAUGCCUCCUCUCAAUACCUUUUGACAACCCAUGAAUUUCAACAUUUUGUAUUCCAGGCCCAUCCCCCCCACCCCCAAAGUCCCACUUAUCUUCACUGCUUUUGAAGACUCGUCUGUCGUACUUAGUGGCUGGUGUAGACAGAAUGGAACCAGUGACAAUUAAAGUAAUUUAAAAUGUU